UCUCCAAACUUACAACCUACAUACAUCAGCUUCAUAUACAACCUCUUCCAGAAAAAGAAAACAAAAAGAGAAGAAAAAGGCCACUGAGAAAGACCGGUCAUAUCGGUGCCACAUCACGAUGUUACCUAGCGUCGAGAGUCUAAGACUGUACCUGAAGUCUACGACAGAGCGAGAACGACAACAGAAAUACCACAACAAUGAAGGCCAAGAAGGAGACGAGAAGGAGAAGACAUCGAGGCUUAAAGGUUGGCUGUCAUUAAUUCGCCACUGGUUGAAGCCGAAAGACUCUGAAAUGGCCAAAAGUAGUUUCGUCCCUUGCCCCAAGGUGACCUUUCUCAUCGACAAACCAGACAAAAUACACUGCCAGAUCUGCAAGUGCACGCGGCUGCUCUUCCAGAGCGAAGAAGCUGCCCAAGAAGCCGACGGCUCUUGGGGGGACAGCGUUCCGGCCAUGAUGCCCUGCGGACACGUAGCCGGGGCAGCUUGCUUGGAUGCCUGGUUUGCAGAUCACGACACAUGCCCGUUUUGCCGACGACGUCUCGUGUAUCGCAAGUGCGGGCACAAGGUGACGACGCGACACGUCACGCACGAAGGCCUGUUCCUCAUCCCGAUGACCAUACCCGAGGGUGGUGCAAUCCCGGAUCUGUGCAUCAAGUGCCAGCAGAAAGGGCUGAUUCAGACUGUCAAUGUCAGGUACCAAGCCUGCUGUCGGAGGUUCGUCAAUGCGCGGAAGCGAUUUCAGGAUUCGCCUGGCGAGGUAGAGCUAAGGGCUCUGGUGGACAGGAAGUCGGAGCUUGAGAGACUCGUUUUCGAAGAGUACCAUGUCCAGGUCAUAAAUGCCUGGCUGAGGCACUGGUGAAGAACUAAAGAAGACUACGAGCAAGGCCGAUGAUACGGGCAAUACAGAAUGCAAACCAGUGAGCACCCCAG